AUGGAUGAGGAUGUGUCUCCAGAGAAAAGCAUCAAUCUGUUCCACUGUCUGAAUGAACUGAACGAUGGUUCUCUGGUGGAGGAGAUCCAACAGGCCCUGAGAUCAGGACGUCUCACCACAGAUGAACUGUCUCCUGCUCAGUGGUCAGCUCUGGUCUUCAUCUUACUGUCAUCAGAAGAAGAUCUGGAGGUGUUUGACCUGAAGAAAUACUCUGCUUCAGAGGAGGCUCUUCUGAGGCUGAUGCCGGUGGUCAAAGCCUCCAACAAAGCUCUGUAUGGAUACGCUGAAGGGGCUGAAAACCUCCAGAGAAAAAGCUGUGGAGCUCUGUCCUCAGUCCUCAGCUCCCAGUGCUCCAGUCUGAGAGAACUGGAUCUGAGUAACAACCAGCUGCAGGACUCAGGAGUGAAGCUCCUCUCUGCUGGACUGGAGAGUCCACAUUGUAGACUGGAGACUCUGAGUCUGUCAGGCUGUGGGAUCACAGAGGAAGGCUGUUCUUCUCUGGGAUCAGCUCUGAAGUCAAACCCCUCCAGUCUCAGAGAACUGGAUCUGAGAGACAACCAGCUGCAGGAUUCAGGAGUGAAGCUGCUGACUGGUUUUCUGGAGAGUCCACGUUGUAGCCUGGAGACUCUGAGACUGUCAGACUGUUGGAUCACAGAGGAAGGCUGUUCUUCUCUGGGAUCAGCUCUGAAGUCAAACCCCUCCAGUCUCAGAGAACUGGAUCUGAGAGGAAACCAGCUGCAGGAUUCAGGAGUGAAGCUGCUGACUGGUUUUCUGGAGAGUCCACGUUGUAGACUGGAGACUCUGAGACUGUUCAGCUGUGGGAUCACAGAGGAAGGCUGUUCUUCUCUGGGAUCAGCUCUGAAGUCAAACCCCUCCAGUCUCAGAGAACUGCAUCUGAGUGGAAACCAGCUGCAGGAUUCAGGAGUGAAGCUGCUGACUGGUUUUCUGGAGAGUCCACGUUGUAGCCUGGAGACUCUGAGUCUGUCACGCUGUGGGAUCACAGAGGAAGGCUGUUCUUCUCUGGGAUCAGCUCUGAAGUCAAACCCCUCCAGUCUGAGAAAACUGGAUCUGAGUGCAAACCAGCUGCAGGAUUCAGGAGUGAAGCUGCUGACUGGUUUUCUGGAGAGUCCACAUUGUAGACUGGAGACUCUGAGUCUGUCAUUCUGUGGGAUCAGAGAGGAAGGCUGUUCUUCUCUGGGAUCAGCUCUGAAGUCAAACCCCUCCAGUCUCAGAGAACUGGAUCUGAGUUACAACCAGCUGCAGGAUUCAGGAGUGAAGCUGCUGACUGGUUUUCUGGAGAGUCCACAUUGUAGACUGGAGACUCUGAGAUGGAAGUGAUCAGCUGAGUGCUGAUGAUCCAGAGAGCAUCUGGAGACGGGCAGUGCCCCCCCCCCCCCUGGAUUAGAUGUAGUCUACACACAGCAGAACACCUUCAAGACCAAAGUGUGACACCUCUCCCGUCUACAGACAUUGGCUCUCAUAUAACAGAUGAUCUCUUCUUUAGGCCCGAGGACCUUUUAAACUCUCCUGAUUCUUUUUGUUGGGGUUCCUAUUUGUUGACUGCUGCUUCAGCUCAAACUCCCGCUCUUAUGUCAGGAGAGUUAGUGGGCGUCUUCAGAACCGGCUCAGUCCAGUUUGUGUCCUCAAAGAUGUCUCCCAGCUCCUUGUGACGCUAGAAGUCAAACAUCUUGAAGAAGAAAACCGCCGUCAUGUGACAUCAUUUGAAGUCCUCUGGUUUGUUUUGCUUGGAUGUCCAAGACACAACAACACGUGUACUAAUCGUUACACAUUCUUUUGUGUGCCGCUCCACAGUGUGCAUUUUAUUUUGAAAGGUCAUUUCCGGAAGUCGGUGAAUUGUCAACUUUAUGAUCCAACACAGACAUUCACAUACUGUAUGUUUUCUUUUUCUGUAGAAAUAAUAAUCAAAUAUUAAUUUACAAAGCUCAUUAUAAUAUAAUCUUUUAGUAAUUAUGAGAACAAUUUAAAAAGAGUCAAAUAAACACUUUUUAAAUAAAUAAUUCGAAAUUCUAAUGAAAAUGUACUACUACUUAUUUGUAAGAAUUAUAAUUGAUAUAUUACAUUAUUGGAUUGUUCUUGAUUAAACUAAUAAAAUCUGAAAUUAAAUGAAUUCCCCAAAAAUCUAGCUCGACAUAUUUGAUAUCUUUGGCGUCUCUUUGUGACCUCGACUGUAUUUAAAGAAGAACAAAUAAAAGGUGUGUGGCUUUGAGAAGGAGAGAAAUAAAAACCAACCCGCUAAACCAAAGUAACACAAGUCAAUGCAAACGUCAUGAACAAGCCGAGGAGGAGGAGGAGGAGGGUACUCUCUCUUCACCAGAGUAACACCCACAGACUUCAUCCACGCCGACAGAGGGAAGAGGAACAAAGAGUGCAGGAGAAGAAAGGAAAGGAAAGGAAAAGGAUGUAUGAGAAACUCAGUGAUGUUGUGAGAUCCCGUCAGUGAACAGCUGUGUGACCUUUGACCUGCCGAGACCAGGUCAGACAAACAGGUGUCACACUGUAGUUUCAUUUCAUUUGAAAUCAAUGGAUGUUUUGAACAAGUUUAGUUAUAAAAUGUCACGUGAUAAUAAACUCUUAAAAAUAU